AUGGUAUUGCAAUUGCUUGCUGUAACCGCCCACGCCUCAGUCAUAUUUGAGGAUUGCGGGUCGGCUUACAGGUUAACUAAUGUGGACAUAGAAGGCUGCAAUUUCGGUAUACCUUGUUUCGUGACGUUGGGAGAUAGAAUUUCUGUCAAUAUGGAAUUUUUUGCUGAUUUUGCUUCACGUCAACUUGAUCAAGAUGUAAUACUAGAUAUCAACUACAUUCACGCUUCAACGACAGUGACUCCUGGUAUG